AUCGUGUUUGUCUUUCUGUUCUUCCUAUCAACAAGGCAUGAGAUGUCCUUGGACAACCCUAUAGGCCACACGCUGAGCAUGUACACAGCCUGCUGAGCUGGCCUUGCAUUUUCGCCCCCCGCCCUUUUGCAUCUCCCACAGCUUCCCAUUGCUUGGGCCCGGCUCUUGGCAACCCGGCCGUCGAAUCGUCCAAUGCGAGUCGUCCACGAUCCAAGACCACCCCGUGAGCCUGCUUUUGGCCUUUUCAGAAGCAGGUACCUGAAGCAUGUACUCGUACACCAAAGAACCCCCACGAGAUACUUUUGCUACCUGAACGUUGUGAAUGCCAGCUCACCCACCCUCUCAGAGACUCAGACUGCCUCACGACCCAAUCAGAUGCUGUCAUUAUGUCCGCUUGAUGCUACCACGGCUUGUCUCUGCCGCCGGUAUAUCGAAAUCCUCCGAUGGUUAUCUGUCCUCUUUUCUUUCUUUUCUGGAAUCACACUUUCCGUCCCGGCCGGCAGAUGGACGACAAGUCAACACAAGGGUCCAGCAACACGGCCGGCGCUUGUGGGGAGUGGAUCCAUCUGGGUCGGACAAGCUCCCGUCUGUGUGUCCGCGCCUUCUUCUCCAUCCCAGAGACAUAUCAGAGGGUCCUGCUGUGCGAGGGCACUUGCUCCGCCGCACAACCUCACCACCCUUGUGCUGUCUUUUUGUGACGGCCCAGAUCCCGCACUCAUCCACACCUGGAAGUUCAUAUCAAAGCCAUCAUCAUGGAGGUCUUGGGACUGUCUCCAAUUCCCCAGCCACGCCGCGCCGAUGCCACGCCGGCCGAGUCUGGUCCCGGGCCACGUACCACGUACCUUAGUCAGGCACCUUUACCGCCACUUUCAUGACGACGUUCCAUCCCGAGCCCAUAAGCAUGUGGCGCAUACUUAGUCCAGGACUUCUGCACGUCAGACUCCUCAUCUCGUCCCACUUUGUGGGCAGCAUGGAAUUGUUGCCGGGUCCCAGCUUCGACGGCGCAUGGAAAACUGUUUCAUUGGAGAAAGCUGCGUUAUAUAGGCCUCCCAGCCGCCUGUCAAGCCUUUUG